AUGGCUGGACUUGACAGUGAAAAGCCUAUCUACCGAGGUCAUCCAUUCGGAGGUGGUGGAUUCCUCAGUUGGGAUUUUGCCGUCGCUACAAGCUGCAGAGAGGCCAAUGGCACCAUUGAGCACGCUGAACAGCGAGUCCUCUGUCAUCUCAUAUCGAAUCUCCAAGAUAUGGUACACCUGAAUGACCACGCCCAACAUUCGCUGUACCUCUUCACCUACUUCUCCCCAUGUAAUGAUUGCAUCAUCUUCAUUGAUCAGCUCCUGAAUGGAUUGAAGACGACUCUGCCGAAGCUGGAGAUAUAUCUUGGAUACAUCGAGAUGUACGUGGAUGCACAGGACCGAAGAUUAACGAGUUCAGCCGAACGGUCAAUGGAAAAUCUCAAAACCGUGUAUGCCCUGGAGCGACAGUUUCCGAAGUUUCAUGUCAUGGAGAUCCCGAAAGUGAUGAAUCAGUCAAGUUCUUACCCGAAGCUUUACAUCGAGUCAUGAGA